AUGCCACCACUGCCCGGCUUCUCUGACAAUGGCUUCACCAGCCGCUCCGAGGCUGUCGCCGCCUCCAAAGCGCUUCUGAGGCCUCUCGCUCCAUACCUAUCCCAAGGCCACGCGCGCGUCAAGAUUCCAGUCACGUCCGGUGCUCAUUUCGACGACGCCGCCGGCGCGCUGGAAGGAUAUGCACGCCCCCUGUGGGUGGUGGCGACGCUUUUGGCGGCCAGGCGGCACCAUGCCGACGAGGCCGAUGCAGAAUCCAGUGAUCUUUUGAAUCACUGGGUACAAGGCCUUCAAAAUGGCGUCGACCCAUCCCAUAGCGAGUAUUGGGGAGCGAUCGGGGACUGGGAUCAGCGCAUGGUCGAAGCCGAAGUCAUUUCGUUUGCCCUUCUCUCUGCGCCAGCCGAUUUUUACACGCCGCUGGACGAGACGGCAAAGUCCAAUCUCAAAGCAUGGCUUAAUGGACUCAAUGGCAAAAUCAUGCCUGAAAAUAAUUGGCGCUGGUUCCGCGUCUUUUCCAAUGUCGCCCUCAUCCAGGACCUCGAUACUCUGGAUCAGUUCUACCUUGCAGAUGGAUGGUCGAGCGACGGAAUCUGGCGUCCGGCUGCGACUGAUGUGAAGGACGAAGGAACAGGCGAGAAUGCGGCUCGCGGGCGACAUGCCGAUUAUUACUCCGGCAGCUUUGCCAUUCAAUUCAGCCAAAUUCUGCACGUCGACCUCCUCACCUUGCAACCAUCUUGUCGGCUAACUCUUUCACCAGGCUCUGCGAUCCCGUUUGGCCGUUCCCUAUGCUACAAGUUCGCCAUGGGUGCGUUCUACGCAGCCUUUGCCUACGGCGGCUUGUGCGAUGACUCUCACUCCCUCACCUCCCACGGCGCGGUCAAGGGCAUGCUUCUCCGCCACAUGCGUUGGUGGGCUGCCCAUUCCCAAGACAUCUUCUGGCCAGACGGCACGUUGAAUAUCGGCUACCUCUACCCAAACAUGUACAUGUGUGAGAACUACAACUCUCCGCAGUCGCCGUACUGGACCCUCAAAUCGCUCAUUGUCAUCGCCCUCGCACAAGACGAUCCCUUCUGGGUAGCGGCAGAGCUGCCGCACCCUCUGCAGACAACGACGGCAGAACCGAGCCAAACCAGCGUCCACGUUGUCAAGCCGGCACGCCAUAUUAUCUGCCAUGAUACAAGCGGCCGUCACCAUUUCCUGCUCUCGUCCGGGCAGUUUUGCGUGUGGCCCAUGAAGGCAACGCAGGCCAAGUACGCCAAGUUUGCCUACUCGUCGUCGUUUGGGUUCAGCGUGCCGACGGGCCCUUUGCUGGCGCAGAUGGCGCCCGACAGCACCCUUGCGCUGUCUCGCGACGGCGGCGAUACAUGGGCGCAGAGGUGGAUAUCCAUUGGAGAGACAGAGUUCCGUCUCGUCGCUGUCAAGGGGCAGAGCGCAGGCGUCACGGCCAUGGUGAGUCGCUGGAAGCCAUGGUCCUCAGCCAGCGUGACCAUUGAGUCCACUAGCAUCCCCCCUUGCGACAAAUGGCCCGACUGGCAUGUGCGCGUUCAUCGCGUGCGAUCCGACGACCCUCUGGAGUCGCCCUUUACUGCCGUGGAAGGGGGGUUUGCUAUUUCCGUACCGAGAAAGGGCGACAACCGCGUCAUGCAGACGACAAAGUUGCCUGAUGCUGCGCACGUCUCCCUUGACAAGAUGGAUCAAGAUGGCAUGGCGAUGGAGACGGCGCACGAAGCACUUGUAGUAUCGGAGGCUGGGGCGAGCGGAAUCGUCGACUUCUCGCCCCGGUCGCAGGGCGCUAUCGCCCGGGGUGACGUUAUGCGUCCAGACCCAAACACAAACAUCAUGGUGACCAAGACUAUGAUUCCGAAUAUACGGCACGAGAGAAGAUCGUGGGACGCGGAAGAGAUUAUUAUUGCGUCGGGUGUAUUCGCAGUUGCCGGCAAGGAGGGCAAUAGCAAAGAGACGGAAGCUCGAUGGCUUAGACGGCCUGGACUUUCAUUUUCAGCACAAGAAAAAUCGGGCAAGACUGCAAUUUCUAUUUUCGCUGAUAUUUCAUCAAAAUGUUUCCGAUCAUAA